CGGGCCCGCAGGACUCCUCUCUUUGCAGUGGCGGCCUCGGGUGCAGAGUCCAAGCUUCGGCGGCACGAGUCAUGGCUGGACAGGCUUUCAGAAAGUUUCUCCCGCUCUUUGACAGAGUACUGGUUGAAAGGAGUGCCGCCGAAACCGUGACCAAAGGUGGCAUCAUGCUUCCGGAAAAGUCUCAAGGAAAAGUAUUGCAAGCCACAGUGGUGGCUGUGGGAUCAGGAACCAAAGGCAAGGGUGGAGCGAUUCAGCCAGUCAGUGUGAAAGUCGGAGACAAAGUUCUUCUCCCAGAAUCCAGAGGCACCAAAGUAGUUCUAGACGACAAGGAUCACUUCUUAUUUAGAGAUGGUGACAUUCUUGGAAAGUAUGUGGAAUGAAAUCACUGUUAAAAUGGUGUCACAUGAAGCUGCCCAUUCCGCUGACGGUCUGAACAAUUCAUCAUGUAAAUAAUUUCCAUGCCUCCCUUUUAUAAUAAACUGAUGAUGCCCAAACUAAUGACA